AAGUAGUAUGCAAAAAUACUUUGGAAUUUUGGGCAAAUUAUUUAAAAAUAAUAAAGUUGCCCUACUUCAACAAAAAAAAUGUACACAGGUGAAAAGUUUGCUAAAAUCAAUAGGGACAAAAAAAAAAGUUUCUGUGAUUAAUUCAUUGACUGAACACAAUAGCACUAAGGAACCUAAUCAAAUAUGUUGUAAGUUAAUUAAAAAAAAAAAUGAAAUCCAUUUUUUUAAAUUGCCUUCUGUAAAGUGUUUUCAAAAUCUAAUUGUGUUACUUUUUAGUCUCAGUCAAAAUGAACUUGGAAGUGAAUAUAAAUAGAAAUAUAACUACAUUUGCAACUUCAGAUAAAACUGCAAAUAAAACUCCAAGUACAAAUAGAACUACAACUCCCAGUACAAUUACAACUUUAACUAUAACUACAACUCCAGAUACAACUGAAGAUACAACUCCAAAUACAACUCUAAGUACAAAUAGAACUACAACUCCCAGUACAAUUACAACUACAAUUAUAACUACAACUCCAGAUAUAACUGAAGAUACAACUCCAAAUACAACUCCAAGUACAAAUAGAACUACAACUCCAAGUACAAUUACAACUACAACUCCAGAUACAACUCCAGAUACAACUCCAGAUACAACUCCAAAUACAACUCCAAAUACAACUCCAAGUACAAAUAGAACUACAACUCCAAGUACAAUUACAACUACAACUCCAGAUACAACUCCAAAUACAAGUCCAAAUACAACUCCAAGUACAAAUAGAACUACAACUCCCAGUACAAUUACAACUACAAUUAUAACUACAACUCCAGAUACAACUCCAGAUACAACUCUAGAUACAAAUCCAAAUACAACUCCAAGUACAAAUAGAACUACAACUCCCAGUACAAUUACAACUACAAUUAUAACUACAACUCCAGAUACCACUCCAGAUACAACUCCAAAUACAAUUCUAGAUACAACUCCAAAUACAACCCCAAAUACAUCUCCAGAUACAACUGAAAAUACAACUCCGAAUACAAUUACAACUCCAAAUACAACUCCAAAUACAUCUCCAGAUACAACUGAAAAUACAACUCCAAAUACAAUUACAACUCCAAAUACAACUCCAAAUACAUCUCCAGAUACAACUCAAGAUACAACUCCAAAUACAACUCCAAAUACAAUUACAACUGCAAAUACAACUCCAAAUACAUCUCCAGAUACAACUCAAGAUACAACUCCAAAUACAUCUCCAGAUACAACUCAAGAUACAACUCCAAAUACAACACCAAAUACAACUCCAAGUACAAUUACAACUACAACUCUAAAUACAGCUCCAAAUACAUCUCCAGAUACAACUCAAGAUACAACUUCAAAUACAUCUCCAGAUACAACUGAAGAUACAACUCCAAAUACAUCUCCAGAUACAACUCAAGAUACAACUCCAAAUACAACUCCAAAUACAAUUACAACUGCAAAUACAACUCCAAAUACAUCUCCAGAUACAACUCAAGAUACAACUCCAAAUACAACACCAAAUACAACUCCAAGUACAAUUACAACUACAACUCUAAAUACAGCUCCAAAUACAUCUCCAGAUACAACUCAAGAUACAACUUCAAAUACAUCUCCAGAUACAACUGAAGAUACAACUCCAAAUACAACUUCAAUUCCAAGUACAAAUACAACUACAACUCCCAGUACAAUUACAACUACAACUAUAACUACAACUCCAGAUACAACUCCAGAUACAACUCCAUAUACAACUCCAACUCCAGAUACAACUACAGAUACAACUACAGAUACAACUACAGAUACAACUAAAGAUACAACUAAAGAUACAACUUUAGAUAUAACUACAGAUACAACUACAGAUACAACUACAGAUACAACUCCAAGUACAAUUACAACUACAACUUCAACUUUAACUAUAACUCCAAAUAGAACUCCAGAUACAACUCCAAGUACAGAUUUACAUUUGCCAAUGGAUAUGGAAGAAAAGAAGAAAGAAGACAAGAAGGAUGAAGCCGAUGAAGAAUAUUCAAGAGCUGUAAGAUAUUUUUUUAUAUUUAAAACAAUGAUAAAAUAUUAUUCAUAACCUAUUGGUAACUAUUUCUAAUAAAAUUUUUUUUAU